AUGAAAUUCAACAUUGCCACCGUAUCUUUAAUUCUCCUCGCUGCCAGCUCUUUGGCUGUUCCAACUCCAAAUGACGCCAAGGAUUUAGAUUUGGCUCUUGAAAAGCGUUCUUCUGGUAAAUACUACGAAGAAGGAAAGGCAAAAGAAACCGAUUCGAAAGCGAAAAAG